GUCCCGAGGCCGGGUCAAGAUGGCGCUGGCGGCCCGGUGGUGCCGCUUUGCUGUGCUCGGCCUGUCGUGGCCUUACAGGCAGCCCGUCCCCCGGUGCCUGGCCCCUCCCGGACGGCCGGUAGCCUGGGCGCGGCGUUACGGCACCGAGCCGGGACCAGGGCGCCAGGCACGGCUCAAGAAGGUGGUGGUGGUCGGGAUCCCCAACCCGUUCGUCUGGGCCCGCACCAAGAUGUACUUCUUCCUGAUCAGAGCUUACUUCGAUCAGGACUUCACGUUCGAGGAGUUUUCCGCCGGUGCCAGGCAGGCCUUUUCACAAGUGUCAAAGAUGCUUUCAGAGUGCAAUUUUGAUGCCUUGAAGAAUCUUGUAUCAAAAGAGGCUUUGGAGGAAGUGGAAGAAAAAUGUUUAACAAUGCCACUUAACCGCAGGGAAGCCUUAGCCGCUGAACUGGAUGAAAUUAUGUACAGCACUCCAGGCGAUGUUGGAAUUUAUUAUGAUAACCAAGGUAGAAAGUUUGUCAGUAUAAUAAUGCGUUACUGGUACCUGACUGAUGUCGACCUUCCUGAUGAGACACCUGAGGGAACAAAGGUGUUUCAAGUAGUCUUUGGUGAUGAAGGCAACAAAGACAGCUUACGCCUUCUCACAGCCAAUUAUGAAUUUCGGCGUGAAUUCACACAAGGUGUGGAACCAGAUUGGAUCAUUACAAGGAUACAACAUUUCAAAUUAUUGGAGUGAUUCUGCUGAAAAUCUUACUGUAAGAAUGUUACUGCAUAACUCACAGCCAACAAAGACCUGCAAGACUGAGCCCUUUCGAGCUGUUAUAUUUUUAAUCCUGUAAAAUUCAAGUGUCAAAUUAGGUGCUGAUAUUACAUGAAAGCACUUUCCAUGCUGUGUAACUAUUGUGACUGAUACCUAAAUUGUAAUUAUUUGUCACUAUAGAACUGCAAAGCCUUUAUGAUUAUUUUGUUGAAAAAAAAUCAUGCUAAUGGUGGGCCUCCUGAUAUCCCUUCAAAUGAGUUUGAUUUAGUAUUCUCAGCAGAGAGGUGUAAGUGGACCUAGACAAUGGCUGUCUUCUGGUGCUUGCAACAUAAAUGUCACUACAAAAUUACAGCAAAUAAACAAACACUCCUUAACGGUGUGCCGUGAUGGGGAUUGAGGAGGAGAAAGUGGAUAGAUACUUUGUUGCUUCCUGUCGAAUGUCCAACAGGUAGAAGUUAAUAAGCAUAUUCCAGUAAUACGAAUAUCUUUAAGUUCUUGAACAAGGUUGUAAGGUAAUUACAAAUCUGGGAAGUUGGUUAACCCAUCCUAUUACAUAAUCCAAUUGGUUUUUAAAUGGAAACAGAAAUCCUAUGAAUCAUUCUACCUGAAAUCUGUACGAGACAGACUUUCCAAUAUUGAUUCUAAAAUUUCCUUUGAUACUAUUGAUGCACAUCCCCGCUCCCUCACCCCAAAUCAGAGCCAAGCAGUUUUUUAUUUCAGGAGACACUUAACUCUUGGCCCUGUAGAUUUUCUCUUCUUUGCAUCUAGAUCUUGAAUAUAUCCAUUAUGUCUUACUGACCACAACUGAUCUAGCUAUGACGAAAGCAUUAUUCAGUUUGAGCAACGACUUCCCUGUUAUUUCACAUUUUUUCUCCCUUUUUCUCUUUGAUGUGCAUCUAUUUGUCAUGUUUAACAUUUUGGCCGUAUAAGAUUUCUGCUGCUUUAAACUUAAUCCAUGAUUACAUCAGAAUCUUACAAGGAGUAGGAAUGUUUCCUCCUUUUCUAUGCAAUAUCUUGUGUGUCUUUAUUAAAUUUCAUCUGCCAAUUUCCUUUGCAUUUGCAUCUUGUUCAAGUCAUUUUCUAAUUAUGACCUUUCCGGUUGAAGAACAACCAAAUUUUCCAUAAGAUCCAUUACGUAGUUGCCAAUGAGUAAUGAACAAACAUUCUCAAUAUUAAUAGGGUACAUCACUUCUUUCUCUCCUGAAGUUGCUGACUUCUCCGUGCUUUUGGUUCCACAGGUAGAGACUGUUUUCCUCAGAGGUGUUCAUGUGUAAGCUGUUUGCUCCAAUUUUCCACUGAUGCCGUGACCACCGGUUAAUCAUCCGGUGUCUAUGCUGUUAAGCAUUAUUUUUCUUUUCCUGCUUGUUAGUACACAGAAACCAGUUGUUCUGUGUUGCAGUAAUCCAGCUGAAUUGGCAACCCUCUGUACAUUCUGGUGCCUUCUGGUCUGCAGUGCUGUUUUUCAGAACAAGCACAGCACUUACGAGCUGAGCAAUUGGAAAACUUAAUAUUUUAAAUUGGGAGAAUUUUCUGCCAGUCUAAACUGCCAUACUCAGCUGAUUAUAACUGAAGUGCAGCACAAGGAACUAUUUUUUUUUGACUGCUACCAUCUUCCCACUUACUACAUGCAGCUCGUUCCUAAAUAAUUCCAGUGUCUUGUUUUUGGUCAUGCUUCCUGUAACUAUUCUUGUAACUUCAAGCUAUUGAACAGCUUCUGCAAAGAAGUGUUUCCUAAAUGUGACCUCCAUAAUAAGCCCUAUAUUGGGCAGUGCUUAUGAAAACAGUUAUCAUCAUUGACUGGUCUUAGGGAAAAUACUGCCAAUGCCUUACAUGUUAAAUGGUCAAUAUUUUGUUUGAUUCAAAUAUCCAGUUCGCAUCUAAUGUGGAAUGAAGGAAGCUGGAUGAUGUUUCAACAGAGUGCAGAGAAGAUUGAUGAACAAACUAAUUUCUUCCUUUUCACAUUCUUUCUACUUUUAUACAGAAAAAAACCUAUGAGAAUCAAUCAAUCAUCUGAGAGUUAAGGUUUCAGUUAAAGAUGUGCUAGGCUAGGUCCUCCAAACUGGGAGACUCUUCGGGCCAAAUUCUUUCACCAUCCUGUUAAUGGAACAAAGAUAAUACACUUACAGGUUGAAAAUAGUUUGACAAUGUUUUUUGUCUCAAAAAUUGGAUACGCAGUGACCCUUUUAUAAAUUGUCUUAUUUAUAUGGUAGCAGAUGUAGAUUGGCUGCUUUCCAUUAUUAAUGUUUUGAUUACUCCCAAUGGGAGUAUUAUUGUGAGGGACUACUGUACUUGAAAUGCAGUGACAUAUUUACAGAAAGUCUUUGCUGUAUCCUCCAUUGGAGAGUAUUACUUCCAGUAUAUACAGUGGUUCGGUUUCACGGGGUUCAUAUUGUACAGGUUUGAAGGAAAUGGCUCAUCGCUUGAUUACUUUGCAAAAACUAUGAACAUUUAUUACAGGUUGAAAAUAAGUGAUUGGAAGAAGUGUUUUCAUCCUGUAUUAUCCUUCAGUGUAACUGUUGCAUCCAGUGACAUGCUAUUUUAAAUAACACCCCAAAAAUGAACUAAUUAAAUAAAAUAAAUGAGCAACGGUCUUUUUUGAAAAAUAGCACCUGGAACACACAUCAGUAUUUCAGCAGAAACCAAUCAAAUUAAACCAAAAUGUUGUUCUGAAGGGAGAUGACACAACCUAGCCCCCAUAUAUCUGUUCACUGCCUGCAUUUGCACCCUGUCCCCCUUGAUUCCAUACAUUCUAUUUGAAAUGUCUGGAAGCUAAUCCAUAAGUAAGGGGACAAGCCUGUUAUUUAACCCUACACUGUUCUGGAGUACUGCCUGACUGCUGGUAGCUACAGCAUAGUGGAGUGAGGAUCAGAUAAAGCUCCCCUUUCGGAAAGGAUUCAGAAAUUAUGGAACUGAAUUCAAAAAGAGAAAGUCGGAGCUCAACUGCCAGUAACUGUCUGAAUUUACUGAAAGGUAACCUAUUAGUAUUCGGUUUUAAGCUGUUAAUUGUACUGACUUGUUUACAAUUGAAAAAAAUUUUGUGUGAUUUUGUAAAAAUAAAUAAAUAUCUGUCUAA